GACACAAACCGGAAGUCCACUCUCUGUGCUGCCGUCGGGUUCGACGCUAGUCUACAACACGGGGGGCGGCAGACACACGGCGACUAUCAUGUGAGGAGCAGGUCGCUGGAGAGAACCGCCGCGCCGACUUUAGUGUGUUACCCGUCCUGUGAGGAUAGUUUGGGACUUCCACUGCGGACGUAUUGUGGAUAACAGCCGGGGGACACCAGCGGGACUCCGGCUUCUUUUUCAUGGACUCGGGAACUAGCUCAGCAUGACUGCACACACCGUGUUGUAGGAGUCCAGUGCUGACAGUGUGGAAGGAGCGAACAGUAAAGGAAGCAUAAAAAGAAGCAGAGAGUGUUUGAGGAGACUGGAGGCUUUUUACCAUCAGAGCAGAUGGGUGAGACGGAGGAUGAGCGCACAGCGCAGGCCAGUGUGCUCUUUGAGAACUUUGUCCAAGCAUCCACAUGUAAAGGGACUCUGCAGGCUUUCAGCAUCCUCUGCAGGCAGCUGGAGCUGGAUCCUCUGGACUACAGCAACUUCUUCAGCUCACUAAAGGCUGCAGUCAGCUCCUGGAAGGUCAAGGCCCUGUGGACCAAACUGGACAAAAGGGCACAGCAGAAGGUCUACAACCAGAAUAAAGCCUGCCAGGGCACUAGGUGCCUGAUCAUUGGCGGUGGCCCUUGUGGUCUGCGGACAGCCAUCGAGCUGGCACUGUUGGGCUGUAAGGUGGUGGUGAUCGAGAAGAGGGACACCUUUUCCAGGAAUAAUGUGCUCCACCUGUGGCCCUUCACUAUCCACGACCUCAGGGGCCUCGGAGCCAAGAAGUUCUAUGGAAAGUUCUGCGCUGGCUCCAUCGACCACAUCAGUAUCCGCCAGCUUCAGCUGAUGCUGCUGAAAGUGUCUCUGAUUCUGGGAGUGGAAAUUCAUGUCAAUGUGGAGUUUGUCAAGCUUUUGGAGCCACCAGCAGAGCAGACUGACGACAGUCCUGGGUGGCGAGCAGAAGUCCGACCCUCCAGUCAUCCUGUCUCGGACUUUGAUUUUGAUGUGGUGAUUGGAGCCGAUGGACGUAAAAACACAUUAGAUGGAUUCGGUCGUAAAGAGUUUCGAGGGAAGCUGGCCAUCGCCAUCACAGCCAACUUUGUCAACAGGAACACCACGGCAGAGGCUAAAGUGGAGGAAAUCAGUGGGGUGGCCUUCAUCUUUAACCAGAAGUUCUUUCUGGAACUCAAGGAGGAGACAGGAAUUGACUUGGAGAACAUAGUUUACUACAAAGACAACACCCACUACUUUGUCAUGACGGCAAAGAAGCACAGUCUGCUGGACAAAGGAGUCAUCAUAAAUGACUACAUAGAAACGGAGCGCCUGCUGAGCGCUGACAACGUCAACCAGGAAUCAUUGCUCUCCUACGCCCGUGAGGCAGCCGACUUCGGCACAAAUUACCAGCUGCCAUCCCUCGACUACGCCAUCAACCACUACGGGCAACCAGAUGUAGCCAUGUUUGACUUCACCAGCAUGUACGCCUCAGAGAAUGCCGCCUUGAUCAGGGACAAACACGGACAUCAGCUCCUGGUCGCACUGGUGGGAGACAGUCUGCUUGAGCCCUUCUGGCCGAUGGGUACAGGUUGUGCUCGGGGUUUUCUGGCAGCCUUUGACAGUGCUUGGAUGGUGAGGGGCUGGGCGCAGGGCAAGAGUCCUCUGGAAAUACUGGCUGAGAGGGAGAGCAUCUACCGCCUGCUGCCUCAGACCACCACGGAGAACAUCAGUAAAAACUUUGAACAGUACAGCAUUGACCCUGCCUCCCGCUACCCCAACCUCAACUCCAGCUGUGUACGCCCACACCAGGUGCGUCACCUGUUCAUUGAUGGCCAACAGGACUCAUGUCAUCUGGAAAAAGGAGGACCCACACGUAGAUCAGUGAACUUGUCCAGAAGAGAGUCCGAGGUGCGUCCUAGCAGGCUGCUGACCUGGUGUCAGAAUCAGACUCAUGGCUACAGGGGAGUUGACGUAACUAACCUCACAUCUUCCUGGAGGAAUGGCCUGGCCCUCUGCGCUCUCAUACACUGCCAGAGGCCUGAGCUCAUUGACUAUGACUCUCUUAACGAGGAGGACGUGGCAGGGAACAACCAGUUGGCGUUUGACUUGGCCGAGCGAGAGUUCGGCAUCCAACCAGUGACGACCGGUAAGGAGAUGGCGGCGGAGGCUGAACCAGACAAGCUGCUGAUGGUUCUCUACCUCUCCAAGUUCUACGAGGCCUUCAGGAACUCCCCAGGAAACAACAACCGUUCAAGAGAACCAGAUGAGAAUAGUGAAGGCUAUCCAGCUAAAACCAACCACAAAGUGCUGAACCUGCCUCAGUCCAAGAAGAGGAUGCCCAGGGAUGACAGCAAACCGGACGAGGAUUCUGUUAGCAAGAGACAGCGAAAGGGCAACCACUACCUCACAGAGUUGUCUUGUCACAGUGCGCCCCCCGCUGGUGAGGAUGGGGAGCUGCGUGAGAACAAAGUCCGCUCCAUGGCAACUCAGCUGCUGGCCAAGUUUGAGGAGAACUCCUCGACUGCAAAGAUUCGUCCGAAGUCUGAUGAGGACCCAUCCAAUCCCUCCUUUUCUCCUUCUUUGUCUCCUUUCACGACUCCACCUCCUCUCUCAGAGGAUGAGGAUGAGGAAGAGGAGGAUGAGGACCUGGAGGAGAUAGACAACCCCCGUUUUGCAAAGCCUAAGAAUGUCCCCCCUCCUCCUCCUCUGCCUCCCUCUCGCCCUAAGUGGCAGCCCUCCAUCUACCUCCGCUUACUGGAGAAUCCCAGCGCUGUGGCUCAGCAAAACGCUUUCCACUAUUCCCCCAAAUCUCCUCACCCUCGGAGCAGCUACAGUCGCUCUCCUUCGCCCACACACUUUAAGAGCCCUCCCCAUUCACCAAGCCCUAAUGUUACUGAGCAUUACUAUCCAGAACGCACCUCUCCUGACCUGACAGCCAGAUAUUUCUCUGCUUCUUCUCUGUCUGCUUCGGAUAUCAAUUGUUCCUCUGAGAGGUCAGAGGAGUCAACGCAGCAGAGCAAAGCCCAGAAACUGUCCACUAAAGAGUUUAGUGGGAGGAGCAUAAAGGAGAGAGCCGCCCUCCUCUCCUCCAUGUUUCCUGCGUCCAUACGAAUCAAAUCUCUUCCUGCUCCUCUCUCUCCUCUGUCUGAAUCACAGGCAGAACUAUCAACCUCUUCUCCUCCGUCCUCGUCCCCACCUCCUCCUGCUUCUGUAACUAAGAGCUCCUCAGUCUAUUCUGUAGUCCACCCUGUCCCUGACCCCACUGCCCAGGCUGGUUUCUCCCCUGUUUCUCUGUACACUGCUGGGCACAAGGACAAGAUACAGAAAGACUCCUCUGCUCCCUCGUCUUACACUGCCUCUGAAAAACCAGAGCAAAUCUCUUCUCUUCUUGUUGAUUCCUCCUCAAGCAACAAUAAAACCUCUGCUGCACCUUCUUCAGCUUGCUUUAAAGAGAGCCAGGAGAUCUCCUCUCCCCUCUUUGAUUCUAUCUGUGAAAAUGGACACAGCAGCUCACCUCCCCGUCCAGUUUCUUUACUGCACAAGGAACACUAUGAGAGGAUGUAUGAGAACUCCUCAAAUAAUCUGGAAAGUGAGCAAGAGAAGGUCCAUGAAACUGCUCAGGAGGCAUUUGACGAUAAGAAGUUAGCCAAAAAUUAUCAGAUGAAGUGCAAUGGGAGCUGCACUCUUGAGAAGCCUAGAGGAAUCACUCAAAAGUCAAUUGUUCGCUCUGAGAGUUGUCCGACUGGAGCUCCUAGUUAUAUUAAGGAGCGAACAGUUGGAAAAGUGUCAUCAGCCAUAGACGCUAAAGCUCAGAUGCUGGCCAUCCUGUAUGAGACAGACCACAGGCCCAAUGCCACGCCGUGUGUGGUACGGAAGGACUUCCCUCCCGGACUCGGCGGCAGCGACAUCUGCCACUUCUGCACCAAGCGUGUGUACGUGAUGGAGAGGCUGAGCGCUGAGGGCUACUUCUUCCACCGCGAGUGUUUCCGCUGUGACGUCUGUAACAGCACGCUCCGUCUGGGAGGGCACAUCUUUGACUCACAGGACAGAAAGUUCUAUUGCAAGAUGCAUUAUACCCAGCGUCAAUCCAGCACUCACAUUGGGAGGUUCAGAAGGAGAAUGGAAGACCAAAACCGUGUCACAUCCUCAGCGUUGGAUGGUGGGAGCUACUCAGCGAUGGGCAGCGUCCAGAUCCAACCACCAGGUGGGCUGUCCAACUUGUAUUCAGAGCAGCUUGAUAAAGGUCAGGAAGGAGUUCCUGAAGACACAGAGAUGGCUGUUGAAGCUCUGGAUGCUUCCUGUAUAGUCAAAGCCACAGCACAAGAUACCACAGGUGCCAAGGACCAAAUCCAGGAGAGUACCAAAGAUCACAGUAACACAAAACAGAAUAAUCGAUGGAAACGGAAAAUCAGAGCAACCUUCCCUCUGAUCUUCAUCAAGCACUUCCAGAGAAGCUGGUCAAUGGACAAAGACGGACCAGAGACUGUCCCUGAAGUGGACUCUGACUUUGAGGAGAUCACUAUAGUGGAAAAACAAACUAUCUCAGACAGCAGUUCCAAGACAUCAGCAGAUACCCAGGAACCCUCAGAGGGACGUGAGAAGAGUGAAGAGCACCCAUCUGCAGGAACGACAGUCGGCAGCUCGUCCAACCCAAAGAAACGUUUGAUGCUAUCUCUUGCUGAGAAAGAGAAGCUUCUGAACUGGGACAUGCCGGUCGCACCGGUGGAGGAAACUCUGAUUAACAUUAAAACCAAAAACACACAUCAACAUAAAGACCAGGUACAAGCAGAGACAGAAGCCGAUAAGCCUCAGACAGACUCGGGCCAGGAUGGGGAGCCAUCUCAGAGCCAAACCUCCGCCUCGUCCCCCUCAACCUUCCAGCUUAUAGCGGACGCCUUCAGGAGAACAUUUAGUGUGACCAAUCCCUCCAGCAGGUCCAACACUGCAGUCACAAUGAGGACCAAGCAUGAUGGCCCCCGCAAACAGAGGCCCAUAUCAGAAGGUGCGUUGAGCUUUAGCUCCCUGUUCAACACUGCAGGUCCAGACCCAUCAAAAGAUGAGAAGACAGCUGGCAAGCAUAGGGAUCGGUUGGCAUCUGUAGAGGCCAAUCCAUGGGGGGGCGGGCAGGACCUGCCCUCUCUGUUGCAGCAGGUGUCGCUGAAGGGCCGUAGAGACUCUGGAGGCGUGUUCUCUGAUGAUAUGGCCCCGUUUACUGGAAGGAGGGUCAACUUGUUCUCAUCCCUGAGGCUAAGGAAGAGGGAGGACUCAGAGAGUGAGGGGCGGGACCAGGAGGCGCAAAAGGAAAUCAGGACGAUACUCAGCAACCUCAGAAACAAAGCCUCCAGACAACACAAUCUUGAAGAGCCCUCCUCUAGUGACGAUGACAAUGAAAACCUGACAUCCAAUCAGAAACUGUAUCCAGAGAGACAGAGGAGGAGGCAGGAGAAGAUGGUUGCCCAGCAGGCUAAAAGAGAACUGCUGAAGAGGCUUCACAGAGCUCAGGCCAUCCAGAGACAACUGGAGGAGGUUGCAGAGAAACAGAGAGACCUAGAGGAGAGAGGAGUGGCUAUAGAAAAGAUCAUAAGAGGAGAAACAGAAUCAUCUCAGACAGAUGACAGUGACGAGGCCCAGCUCUAUCAGUCCUGGUUUAAACUCGUUCUGGAGAAGAACAGAUUGGCUCGCUACGAGUCUGAGCUCAUGAUCUUUGCUCAGGAGCUUGAACUGGAGGACACGCAGAGCCGACUGCAGCAAGACCUUCGACACAGGAUGGCAACAGAAGAUACAAAUAAGAGCGCCUCUGAGCUGCAGCAGGAGCAGGAGAUCUUGGCAGAGAUCAUGAGGACGGUGGAGAAACGAGACAUGUUGGUGUCGAUACUGGAGGAGCAGAGGCUAAAGGAGAGGGCUGAGGACAGGGACCUGGAGAGCCUCGUGCUGUCCAAGGGCUACGAGCUUCACUGGGCCCAGGCGGAUGACAGCUGGGGGCAGGAGAAGCUGGAGUGAAGGUUGAAUGUUGAGCACCUCAGUGGUAAAACGCAGAAUGAUGUGACACUGUUUUAAACAAACAGAGUGAAACUUUACCCUACUAGUAUGUGUCUGGCUUAUUCUCAUAAAAGCUACACAUUAAGAUAAUGUGGGGAGGAAAGAACUGUCACGAAGGCUGAGGUGUUAAUUCCCACUAAAGAGGUCAGCUUCAAGACAAGGCUUCAUCUAUGUGCUAGAAUGCUGAGCUAACAGAUUGAGGAUGAAUGGGAAUGGAGCCUGAGCUAAUGACUUCCUUAACAGCCAUGAGGGCUAAUAACAUCUCUGCCAUUAAGGUUAUUUGACCUCUGUGCUCAGAAGUGUAAUCCGCGAUGGCGCAGGCUGACACUGACCUGAAACUGGAUGAACACUAUGAUUAACCACUUCUUAUAAUGUGACUGAUCGCUAAGAUUUUGGCACACCUCAUAAACCAAACUGACUGCCUAAUCAGCAAAUGCUUUAUGUAGUUGCUCGCCUUAUGAGUGGAACUGUUGUGACAGAUUUGUUGUUAUUUUAACACUGUAUAGCCUCACUGGAUAGCACAUGGAACGACUCAACACUUUUCCCUGAAGUUUUAUUGUUUUGCACUGUGUGUGUGUGUUUUAUCUGUGUCAUAAUGUGAUGUGCUUUAUCUACUUCACUGUUUGUCACUUUGUAGCUGUUUGUGAGUGUAAGCUCUCUUGUGUGUAGUUUAAUAUUGUUAUUUCUUUCACUUUGUGCUGGAACACUGUCAAAUAAAAUUAUUUUUACACCCAGACACUGGUGAACACAGGAGAAAUGGAAAUCUAACUGCCACAUAUUUGUAGCCAGCUGGUAAGAUGUGCCUCUGCCAGGUGGCUCAAUGUCACCUUUUGCCCCAUUGUGACUGGAGCUGCAUAAUUAAUUGAAAUAUUAAAAUUGCAAAAUGACCAAGUGCAAUAUCCAAAUAGGAGCUGCAUUUUUUUAAUGAAAAAGCUGAAAUGUGUCACAACACACUGCUAUAAAUGAAGCAUUGUGGUUCUGUAGAGAUGCCUCAGCCUACAAAUCAUAUUCUACAUGUAAGAGAACAUGCUUGUUUUGGCAAAAAUCACAUCAUCAUCGUCAUUUUUUUUUCAGUGAAAAUGAAAUGCAAAAAUGACAAUUGCGCUUCAUAUUGCAAUUGCAGUAUCUGUUAAAAUAAUCGCAAUAUAUUUUUUUGCAUUUCGUGCAGCCCUUAUUUUGACACAAGUUGCCGCAAAAUUAAAAACUGAUUCACAGGGCAGCAUCUGCACAGCGCUUUGUGAUUCUUGGUGGAUUUAUUCCAUGACUACUACUGUCCGUUAAACUGUGAUUGUUUCAUUUUACUGGUUUUAACCUAGUGUAUGGGCUGUGAGUCAAAUGCAGGCUUACCUCUCUCAUGAGAAGAUGAAUUAUUUGUUUACAUGAGUUUUAAUCCCAGGACAAGAAUCCACAUUUCUUCAAAGGUUGUUUAUAUUGUGAAUUAACACUAAAUUCAGAGUAAGUUAUGUUUUCAUGAUAAAAACAGUAUAUUUUUGUUGUUUGUUUUAUGCUGCUUUGAGACUUUUAAAUGGAAAAAUCUUAAAUAAAAAUGACUUUAAAGUUUUGAGUAAUUAUAAAUUUGCUACAUAUUUUUUAUUCAGAGUUGUUAGGGUUGUAACUCGUCUUUUAUACUGUAACAUAAGCACCCCAUCAGUUUCUUGUCAGUUGUAUGUCUAACUAUCGGUAAGUCAGGAUGGACGAUUGUUUUAAUUUGAAAGGUUGGACUAGUGGUAAAUAUAUAGAUAAAAUUUAAUUGAGGUAUUUAUGAUAUACAUGCUCAUAACAUGGGUGGCACGGUGGUGUGGUGGUUAGCACUGUCACCUCACAGCAAGAGGGUUGCCGGUUCAAUCCUGGGUGUGGGAGACCUUUUGUGAGAGUUUGCAUGUUCUCCCCGUGUCAGCGUGGGUUCUCUCCGGGCACUCCGGCUUCCUCCCACAGUCCAAAGACAUGCAGGUUGGGGACUAGGUUAAUUGAUAACUCUAAAUUGUCCAUAGGUGUGAAUGUGAGCGUGAAUGGUUGUUUGUCUCUAUGUGUCAGCCCUGCGAUAGUCUGGCGACCUGUCCAGGGUGUACCCUGCCUCUCGCCCGAUGUCAGCUGGGAUAGGCUCCAGCCCCCCCGCGACCCUCAAGAGGAUGAAGCGGUUAGAAGAUGAAUGAAUGAAUGUAAAAAAAAAAAAUAAAAAAAAAAAAGUGCUCAAAUGUAUUGACUGCACUGCUGAAAAAC